CAGACUCCGCCCCCAGGUCACAUGACUCGGGGAGUGCUCCUGCCCUGGGAGAGGCUCAGCUCAGAGGGAGAGAGGACAGCAGAGCCCACGGCCUGAGCAGCCCUGCUUGGAGAGGUGAAGAUCUCCACAGAGGAAGGAUGGAGCAGGCAGCAGAGACCAUGGAGACCUGCUCAGCCACAUCCCACAGGGGACUCCUUCCUUGGCAGGGGCUCCUGCUUGCAGCCUCACUUUUAACCUUCUGGAACCCACCCACCACUGCCCAAAUGACUAUUGAUUCGGUGCCUAGCGAUGCUGCUGAAGGGGGAGAUGUUCUUCUACUUGUCCACAAUCUACCAGCCAAUAAAAGUGCCUAUAGCUGGUUCAAAGGGGGAACUCUUGCCUCCAACAAUCAGCUUGUAUCAUAUUCGGUAGCUGAUGGAACAACUUCACAGGGGCCUGCAUACAGCCAUCGAGAGACAAUAUACCCCAAUGGAUCCCUGCUGUUCCGGAACGUGAUUCUAGGGGACACAGGAGUGUACACCCUACAAGUUACGCAACCUAAUUUUCUGACUGAAAUAGCAUCUGGACAGUUCCGAGUACACCAGCCGGUGUCUCCACCCUCCAUCCAAGCCACCAACACCACUGUGGCAGAAGAGGACUCUCUGGUCCUGACCUGCCUCACAGGUGACACCGGAGUCUCCAUCCGGUGGGUCCGCGAUGACCAGACUCUGCGGCUCACAGACAGGAUGAUGCUGUCCCCGAACAGCAGCGUCCUCACCAUAGACCCGGUCAGCGGGGAAGAUGCCGGGGAAUAUCAGUGUGAGGUCUUCAACCCAGGCAGUUCCAGAAGAAGCAGCAUGAUCAGGCUGGAGGUGAAAUCAGAAGAAAAGAACCCAGGCAUCUCUGCAGGGACCGUUGCUGGCAUAGUAUGCGGGGUCCUGGUCGGGGUGGCUGUGGCUGUCGCCCUGGGGUGUUUCCUGCUCCUCAAGGGGACUGGAAGCAAAACUGCAGCCUGCUUGGGAGCUGGUCAGGGCUCAGAAACUGGCACCUCUUCUACUUUGUUUCAGUCAUACCACCCAGAGAGGGGCGAGAGGCCACCAUCUGGGGACAAAUCAUGGCCCAGGCGACACAGGGCCACCGUCCCCAGUUCCAGGCCAGCUGUUCCCAUCUAUGAGGAAUUACUAAACCCUGACAUGAAUGUUUAUAGCCAGAUCAACCACCAAGCAGAUACUACUCUAUAAUUUUCUACAGAAACUGCUUCUAACGUCUCCAGGAUGAUGCCCCUGGGACAAUAGGACCCUGACACUCCUGACAAUAAGGGUGGCUCAGCCUGGCCACUGGUGCCCCCCUUUGCUUGUCCCAUGUUCGCAUAUCCUGUUCCUUUUCCAACUUGCCUACGUCUCUCACUUAAAAGGGCCUUGUGAGUACUCAGGACCCAUCAGGGUAAAACAAAGGAUCUCUCGAGCUGACGUUUCACGAAAUCUGUAAAGUGGCCUUUACCAUGCACAGGUUCACAGAUUCUAUGCAUGAGGACAGGUAUGACUUUGCAGGGAAUUCGCUCUGUCCCUCACUCUUCCCAAGGCCAUUUUGUCUGCUUCCUUUGCAAAAAUCCACAUAUAGGAACUAGGAUUUAGGUGACCGGGCUGUAAUGUCGGUUCCUGCAGUGUCGUCCAAGGCACCCUGAGCUCCCGAGAGGACGGAGGUGGGGUGGGGUGCUCCACACCGCCGCACCUGCCCUCCUUCUCCCCCAUGGUUAUAUCACAGCUGUUAGGAAUCAAAAUACUGAGAGCCUGCCGCUCACCCGCCCUUGACUAGUCCGUGGUGGUCAGCACCGCGGACAGCAUCUCAGGCCCACGGGUUCUCGCUGCUGCAGCAGGGAGGACUCAGAUGAGAAGGAAUGAGGAAAAGGCGUCCGUUUUUAUUCUUUCAAAGACAAGUGCAAUAGAAAGUUACUACACGGAUGAUCCGAGUCUCCUCUAUCUAAUGGAAUCCCUCUGCAUGUGUCAGUUAUUAUGGUUUUUUCACAACUGUCACAAAUCCCUGUGAGGGAGAUUAUUGUACUUGGCCUGGGGCCUUGGGGCUACUGACAGCCUGCUCCAGCCUCAUGGCGAGGGUCUCUGGCCCCGAAACUCAGGGGCUUGGGCUUAUCAAAGUGGUUGGGCCUUUGCACAGCAUAUGUAAGGCUCUGAGUUUGAUCCCCAGCACAUGGCCAUUCUCUCCAAAUGAACCUUGAGGCCCAGGUCACUGAAUGUAAAACAUUGUUGCUAUUUUGGGGGGUGGGUACUGGGGAUGAACUCGGGACUUUGCACUUUCAAGGCAGGCAGUGGAACCA